GAGUCUGAGUUCUACAAAGAGAGUCCUAAAAAUAAACCCAACAUGGGAAAGUUCUUAUCUUUCUCUUCCCUCUCAGUUCUCAUCACCUUCUUCAUUGCCAUCUCUGCCAUAAUUCCACAAAGCCAAGUCACAGCACUUCCUCUCUCCACAAACUCAAGGUGGAUAGUAGAUGAGAAUGGGCAAAGAGUAAAAUUAGCAUGUGUGAACUGGGUCUCACAUCUAGAAGCAGUGGUAGCAGAAGGACUAAGCAAGCAACCAAUGGACAUGAUUGCCAAGAAAAUUGUUUCAAUGGGAUUCAACUGUGUUAGACUUACUUGGCCACUUUACUUGGUUACUAAUGAUACUUUGGCUUCUCUCAGUGUAAGACAGUCAUUUCAAGGCCUUGGUUUGCUUGAAUCUAUUUCUGGUAUUCAGGCUAACAAUCCUUCCAUCAUUGAUCUUCCUCUCAUCAAGGCUUAUCAGGCAGUGGUGUCUAGCCUUGGGGACAACAAUGUGAUGGUGAUAUUAGACAAUCAUAUAAGCAAGCCUGGUUGGUGUUGCAGUAACUUUGACGGCAAUGGUUUCUUUGGUGAUACUUAUUUUAAUCCAGAUCUAUGGAUCAAGGGCUUAACCCAGAUGGCCACCUUGUUUAAUGGUGUGACUAAUGUAAUUGGUAUGAGCCUGAGGAAUGAGCUUCGCGGCCAGAAACAGAACGUAAACGAUUGGUACAGGUACAUGGAAAAAGGAGCAGAAGCAGUGCAUUCAGCAAACCCGGAUGUUCUUGUUAUUCUAUCUGGUCUGAAUUAUGACAAAGACUUCUCAUUCCUGCGCAAUCGUCCGGUGAACCUCUCGUUCACAGGAAAAGUAGUUUUUGAGGUACAUUGGUACGGGUUUUCAGACGGGCAGGCAUGGAGAAGUGGAAACCCUAACCAAGUGUGUGGAAGAGUGGUUGACAAUUUGAUGAGAAUUUCAGGAUUUUUGCUAGAGCAAGGAUGGCCAAUGUUUGUGAGCGAGUUUGGAGUUGACCAAAGAGGUACAAAUGUGAAUGAUAAUAGGUACCUGGGUUGCUUCAUUGGUGUAGCAGCUGAACUUGACUGGGACUGGGCCUUGUGGACACUGGUUGGAAGUUAUUAUUUGAGGCAAGGGGUGAUAGGGUUAAAUGAGUAUUAUGGGGUGCUGAAUUGGAAUUGGUGUGAUGUCAGGAAUUCAAGCUUCUUGCAGCAAAUAUCUGCCCUUCAAUCCCCUUUUCAAGGGCCAGGUCUUUCAGAAACUAACCCACAUAAAGUGAUUUUCCACCCAUCAACUGGUCUUUGCGUUCAGAGAAAAUCAAUGCUGGAGCCACUGAGGUUGGGCUCUUGCACCGAUUCUGAAGCUUGGAGAUACACAUCUGAGAACACGUUAACUCUCAGGGGGACAUAUUUCUGCUUACAAGCGGAUGAAUUGGGCAAGCCAGCAAAGCUUGGCAUAAUUUGUACAGACUCUACUUCAAAAUGGGAUGUUAUUUCAGAUUCUAAAAUGCACCUUUCAUCGAAGAUCACCAAUGGCACAGCCGUCUGCCUUGACGUAGACUCCAACAACACCAUUGUUAUAAGUACUUGCAAAUGUUUGAGUAGAGAUAACACGUGUGACCCAGAAAGCCAGUGGUUCAAAUUAGUGAACAGCACAAGAAGUUCAGCCACAGCAAAGCCCUCCCUUCGAAUCAAUUCGAUCUUGUUGGACUUGCCAGCAAAGGAAUUCUUUUGGAAGUUUUUGGGGUUAGCAUAAUCGGAGAGGCCAAUGAAGCAACUUGACAUGGAAGUAAACAUUUGUUUGAAGAGUGCAAAUUCUCUUCAAUAAUUACAUUUAUAUUUAACCCAACAUAAAAAUUACAGAGGUUGAAGUUUA